GAGAGGGAUAUAAUGCAAAUGGCAAUGGCAGUGCAUGGCAGAGUGCAGACACAUAGAUGAUAGAUCUAACGACUACCACACUCUCUCUUUCUCAGUUCUCAGUUCUCACACACCCUAAGAGAUGGGAGCCGAAAGCUUUUCCCAUCACCGCCCCUUCGUUCUCGGCCUCCAGCCAUCCGCCCUCGUCGACACCGUCGCCACCGUCGAUUGGUCCUUGCUCCACCAGAUUCCCGGCGAACGCGGUGGCUCCAUCCCUGUUGCCAUUGAAGAACUCGAAUACAUACUCAAGGAGCUUAAAUCCAAUUCUUCCAUCCUUGUCUACACUAGUAUUCCUGUGUUGUCUUUCUUGUUAAGCAAGUGUGAUUUUGUAUUUAUGGAAGGACACACUGCACAGUGUGUUUGCUUGGUUGAUGACAUGGGUAACCGUACAAUGCGACCGUGUCUCUCAAAUGCUGUCAAAGUUCAGGCACAAGAAUUGACGAACGCGGAUUUCAAGGGAUCCAAGUGGUUGGUGUUGAGAUAUGCAGUACUCAACUUGGAAGUUAUUCAAGCAGCAAUUCACUUAGCCAAACAGGAAGGCCUCCUUGUUUCGUUGGAUUUGGCCAGUUUUGAGAUGGUCAGGAACUUUAAAGUACCGCUUCUAAAUCUGCUGGAAUCAGGGAAUAUAGACCUUUGCUUUGCCAAUGAGGAUGAGGCAGCUGAACUUUUAAGGGACGAACAGAAUGCUGAUCCUAUAGCUGCUGUAGAAUUUCUUUCCAAAUACUGCCAAUGGGCCGUGGUAACAUUGGGCCAUAAUGGGUGCAUUGCUAAACAUGGAAAGGAGAUGAUACGUGUCCCGGCCAUUGGGGAAGCAAAGGCAACUGAUGCUACAGGAGCAGGGGACCUUUUUGCAAGUGGAUUUUUAUAUGGAGUGGUCAAGGGUUUGUCACUAGAAGAAUGCUGCAACAUAGGUUCAUGCAGUGGGGGAUCUGUUAUCCGGUCUCUUGGGGGCGAGGUAACAUCGGAGAAUUGGCAAUGGAUGUACAAGCAGAUGCAGAUAAAGGGUCUUCCCACACCUGUAGAAGAUGUAUGCAAUUGAGUAGUGGGAACUUUUGCCUCAUUUAUUCGUACUAUAUAUUACUUAUUUUUCCUUUUGUCUUUUUUUCUUUUCUAUUGUCUUUUAUUAUUCAUCUCUUGCUGUCACUUCAAAUGACAGCCACUAUAUAAUUUAUGACUAGUUGAGUAAAUCAUAGAAAGCUAUAUAUUUUUAACA